AUGUCCGCAAUUAUAACAAAGUACGUUGCAAACCACAAACUCAAUAAAGAUAUGAGUAAUAAAGAACUUAGCCAACACGCUUCAGUAUUACUUGAGCUUUUGACAGAUAAACUAAAAAGACUCAAAGGUCGUCAGCACUUACAGGGGGGCUAUAGUUUUAGCAAAAAACAGAGAAUUGAGCAGUGCAUAAGUCAAGCAACUUCCCGGAAAGAAGGGAGUUUGUCCAGGACUGAAGUUAAUAUAUGUGAUGCUAAAGGCAUCUAUCAAGUAUCUGAUAUCAUCCCAGAAGGUGAGACUAUUAGAGAAACAGCUCAACGUAUUGUUCGGAAUAAUCUUAGUGAAAGAGAUGUAAAAGUGAUAUCUAGAACCUUAGUUGAAACAGCUUCUGAUCCUGAGCGUACUGAGUAUAAAAAUGAAGGAUUCCAUUUUCCAGACUACUUCUCGUUAGAAUCGGUUAAGGAAUGGCUAGAUUUGUAUGUUGUGUUUAACACACCUGAUAAACAGGCCCUAACUGAUGUAAUGAUCAUGCUCUGUAUCCGCCCUGCUGAAAUUAAAAACUUACGCAUAGCAAAUGGAGGUAAAGCAAUCACUUCCAGAGCGUUAAAAGAUCUAGGAAAACCUGGAUCGAUAUACUUAAGUUCAUUUCUGAAAAAAGAUGAAUAUAUUCCUAAACCUUAUGAGCCACUACUCCCUAGUUCUUUGCGUAAAUUAGGGGCGGUAUUUGCUUCUGCAGUACAUGGACCUAAAAAUCUGUUAAAAGCCAAUACUUAUACCAGUGAAGCAUUUCGCCACAGUCCUGACAAUCAUACUUCUCCUUCUGAUAGAUAUACUAUACAAAAUGCAGAAGUAUAUAGUGCACUUUCCAGUGAAAAUAGAGCACUAAAGAAACAAUUGGAAGACUAUCAUUCCCAAUACAACACUUUAGAAAAGAGGGUAAAAAGAUUAGAGAGAAAUAUAAAGUCCUUAGAGAGUGAAUUAGAGGAUUUAGACGAAUGUGUAGAUAGUGAGACUGUGAUCGACUUGAUACAUAAAAUAGUUCCCUCGCUAAUUGGUAAAAAAGGGCUGAAAAGUGCUAUGCAUAAAGGUUUCUCCUAUUCGGUUGAGUCUUCUGAAGAAUCUGAUUCAGUCAAGACAAUUGUGAUAAGAGAAAACGAGGCUAUCCCUCAUAAGCAAUGA